UGGUGGAGGAGCUAUGGUGAGGGAAUUUACAAUCGUCCGCGGUGUUAUGGUGUCAGUAGUUAUCUUUUAGAUAUGCGCGCAGGUUGAAUGCUUGCAUAUUUGUGCUGAUUCAAAAACAGGAAAUAAACAACGACAAAUUCAGAUCAGGGGACAAUAAGGAGUUAUGUUGAAAGGCUGAAGUCAUGGCUAUUAAUUUUGAUAGAUGGACCAUUUUGAAGUUACUGGAAGUGGCAUCUACCAUAGCUUGUCUCGCCUUUAAACGCGUAACGGACGAUGAAGCCUCCCGCCUUUUCCUCUACCUCCAAAAACUUUCACGCGAAUGGCGAAUUUUAAACAACGUGACUUGGGACAACGUGGGGGCUGCUGUCGCAGACACCACUUAUGGUGGCUACUUAAUAAUAACCACAGCUUUGUUCAUCGGGCGAUUAACCGGAGAACUGCCCACCCAAAAAAGGAUAACUGAGUUCGUGCUGCUCGGAGUGGGCACUUUAUUGUUUAUUAUUUUAGGUAGUUUAGAGUUUGCGGCAUUGGACUCGGUUCCGGAAGAUCUGGUGGACAAUGCCGCCGUUAUUGGGACUUUGACUUUGGUCACUGCCGCGUUGUUUCUGCUAGAUAUGGGGGGACCUAAGGCGAAGAAGAACAAUCAGCAGUCGCAAACCCCGCCCAGGUCUGUCAGUAAACCCCAGGAGAGUAAAACCACAGCCCAGCAAGUGUACGAGAUUGAGAAAGAUGUGGAAAAUGAGAAGAAACAGAUGAAGGGGUUGGAGGAGACGCCGAAGAAUGGGCACUUGGGUAAUGGGUUUAAGUUAGGGGAUGCGAACGGGCGGUAUAGAGACAGCAUGUACAAGAAGAUUAAAGACGAAAAGCCGAAAUCGUUCGAUAUUUACGGCAAAGAUAUGCACAAGGACAGCGAUACUGACGAGCCUGACGACAUCCCUCCCAAAAUGGAGGAGCACUCCCCUGUUUGGAGCAAAAUCAGAAAGGGACAAUACGGCAAAUACGAUAUUUUGUCCCCUUCUUAUCUCUAUAAAGAGAAACCGGAAUCGGAACCGGAAAGACCGCCGAGUAGUCCUGGCGAUCCGGGAUACGUUCAGUACACGGCCCAACACUGGGGUGAAACCGUUCAAAAAACGCCAAGACAUAGUCCGACGCAGGUGUAAAGUCGAAUGAGUGUUCCUUGUUUUUAUUUGUGUGAAGCUGGUUGUAAUUUUUAUUAAUAUAUUCGACUUGUUUUUAUUAA